CUGAUAAACACUUCUGAUAACAGUCCGCCUUGCACCGCCGUGGAAUACUGUGCCCUAGUUGUGAAAUGUUAAUAUAUUUUUAGUGUUGGUGUAAAUGCAAAUGUUAUAGUUAUGGCCUAUCCUAUGUAUGAAGUGGAUUGGAGUGUAUUACCGCCAGAACAAAACAGAAGGUUUAACCCGGCGUUUAAUAUUGCUACCAUAAAGCAAGUGGUAAAUGAGGCCAUAGAAAGAGUCGCGCCGGUUUCAGUGCGGAUGCCCACUCCCACUCGGCUGCGGGACCUCAUCCGUCAGAUCAGGGCCGCCAGGACCGCGGCCGAAGAGCGAAGCGUCGUCAACAAGGAGUGCGCGUAUAUCAGGUCCACCUUCAGGGAAGAGGACAGCGUUUGGAGAUGCCGGAACAUCGCAAAGCUCCUAUACAUCCACAUGCUGGGCUACCCGGCCCACUUUGGGCAGCUGGAGUGUUUGAAACUGAUCGCCAGUCCGCGGUUCACCGACAAGCGAGUGGGAUACCUAGGCGCCAUGCUGCUGUUGGAUGAACGCCAGGAUGUGCACCUGCUCAUCACCAACAGUUUGAAGAAUGACCUCAACAGCAACACUCAAUUCGUAGUGGGUCUAGCGUUAUGCACGCUAGGCGCCAUUGCGUCUCCAGAAAUGGCGCGAGACCUGGCAUCCGAAGUAGAGAGACUGAUCAAGUCUCCGAACGCUUACAUCAAGAAGAAGGCAGCAUUGUGCGCCUUCCGCAUCAUCAGGCGGGUGCCGGAUCUAAUGGAGAUGUUCUUACCGGCUACGAGAAGUCUGCUGACGGAGAAGAACCAUGGUGUUCUUAUCACUGGCGUUACGCUCAUCACUGAGAUGUGUGAAAACAGCCCAGACACACUCAACCACUUCAAAAAGAUUGUCCCGAACUUGGUGAGGAUAUUGAAGAACCUGAUUUUGGCGGGGUAUUCGCCCGAGCAUGACGUCAGCGGUGUGUCGGAUCCCUUCCUACAGGUGAAAAUCCUGCGCCUCCUCCGGAUACUGGGCAAAAACGACGCCGAAGCGUCGGAGGCUAUGAACGACAUCCUCGCCCAAGUUGCCACCAAUACGGAGACCACCAAAAACGUUGGCAACACCAUCCUCUACGAGACAGUCCUGUCUAUAAUGGACAUCAAAUCCGAGAGCAGUCUUAGAGUGCUUGCUGUGAAUAUUUUGGGAAGAUUCUUGUUGAAUAAUGACAAGAAUAUCAGAUACGUCGCCCUGAAUACUCUGCUGAGGACAGUGCAUGUGGAUACGUCAGCUGUGCAAAGGCAUCGGACGACGAUACUAGAGUGUUUGAAGGAUCCCGACGUAUCUAUCCGAAGACGCGCGAUGGAGCUAUCCUUCGCGCUGAUCAACGGUCAGAACAUCCGCAGCAUGAUGAAGGAACUGCUUCUGUUCCUGGAGCGCUCGGAGCCCGAGUUCAAGGCGCACUGCUCCAGCGCCAUGGUGCUGGCCGCCGAGCGCCACGCGCCCAGCAACAAGUGGCACCUGGACGCGCUGUGCAAGGUGUUCCUCAAGGCGGGAAACUACCUUCGCGACGACACGGUGUCCAGUACCAUCCAGAUCAUUUCGUCGUCGCCAGCGGAGCGUCAGGCCUACGCCGCCAUGCGUCUCUGGACUUCCCUCGAGCGCUCCGCUGUCUCAGGAGAUGCCACUGAGAAGCAGCCUUUGGUGCAGGUCGCAGCGUGGACGAUCGGAGAGUACGGAGAUUUAUUAGUAUCAGAAGCGAGUAAUGCAAUUUCGAUGGUAGAUGAAGAUGGUGUUGACGACUUCACGCGGCCGUCCGAGGAAUACGUCAUCGACGUGUACCAGAAGCUUCUCUGGUGCACGCAGCUGUCCAUCACCACCAAGGAGUACCUGCUGCUGUCGCUCGCCAAGCUGUCCACCAGGUUCACCACGCAGCCCAGCCAAGACAAAAUACGAGUGAUCAUUGACACAUUCGGAUCUCACAUCCACAUCGAGUUGCAGCAACGAGGAGUGGAGCUUUCGCAGUUAUACAGACAAUACGCGCACCUGCGGCCGGCUUUGCUCGAGCGUAUGCCGGCGCUGGAGGCGCCGCCCGAGCGCCGCGACGCCGACGCCGAGCCCGAGCCCGCCGCCAGCCCCGACCACCACAAGCCCGAGCAGGACGCACUCCUGGACCUGAUCAUCGGCUCGGACCCGCUGACCAACGGCGACGUGGAGCCCGCACCCGUGCCCGCAAAUAACAACACCUCCAGCAACGACAUCCUGGAUCUGCUAAGUGGGUUGGACUUGUCUGCGCCGGCGCCUACUGUCAACAACAACCUGCCGCCUUCUAGCAUGCUGCUGGACGGACUGUUCGCCAGUACCCCCGCCGUGGAUGCCGCGCCGCAAGCUGCGCUGCCAACAGUAACCGCGCUCGACAAGGGCGGGCUUCGCGUGGAACUAGCGUGCGCACGCGGCUCCGAGGGCGUGACGCUGACCAUGCGAGCCGCCUCCACGCGCACGCUCACCGACUUCCUGUUCCAGGCCGCCGUGCCCAGGGCAUUCCGUUUGGAUAUGAUGUCGCCAUCGGGCACAGUUUUGUCGCCGCUCGGUGAAAUCACGCAGGUCCUCAAAAUAGCUAAUCCAACAAGGGCACCCCUCAGACUGCGGAUACGCGUGUCGUACAACGUCGACGGCAGCCCGGUGCUGGAGCAAGCGGAGGUCAGCAAUUUCCCGGCGGAGCUGUUCAACUGACGCGCGGCCCGCCCGCCCGCCUACGGCCUGUAGGCGGCCCCCCGCGGCCCGGAGGAGGCCCCCCGCGGCCUUUUGGCGGCCCCCCGCGGCCUGGAGGAGGCCCCCCGCGGCGACGGACCGAGUGAACAGUGCAGUGUUGCCAGUGAUGUGUCGCGCCCGUGAAAAUAUAGAUGACCUACGCUGAACGUCCCACCAAACUCAAUGACAGGGGGGCGCUACCAUCGUUCAACUAUAUGGUUCCCAACAUGGCAAAAAUCGACACCAGCGAUCCGGUAUCGACGGUGGCGGCCCACUGUCAAUGUCAUGGAUAGGACAGUUCAGUAUUUUGGAACUAUACGUCAUAAUCUACAUUUAUUUAUUAUCUGUAUCAUCACUACACAGAUUAUGUCACGCCACAGAUUAAUAAAGUUUUUAAAUCUAGCAAUACAAAACCAAGUUUGGUGUCAGGAUUGUGACUCAUUUUCAGGGCAACAUGGUAUGCAAUACUAAUGUCUAAUAUGAACGGAACAUCGCGUCAAUUCUAAAAGCUGUAGUUUUAUUUGAGGAGUGUUUUCUUGUAACUCGCAAUUCACAGUUUGUUUUAAGAUGGCUUCUUUGAGAGGUUGAGCGCAACGAGAGAUUCUUUUGCUAUAUGUGAUAUUGACUUAGCAAUACAAAGAUACAGCAGGUUUAAAAUAGUGAUCCAAUAUUUUUCAGAAUGAUCUACUUGAUGUUUGGCUAAUUUUCUCUAAGACUGACAACUCGGUAUAACUUUGGUCUAAUAUGUGAUUUACAAACGCUCACGGCUGCCACAGCUUUUGGCUAUAACGUCUACUUAUUGAGAUUUCUAAAACAUUCCACUAAUUUAAUAAAUUUUGUUUCGGCACAUCUUUGAUGGAGCGAUAGUUGAUAAAUUACAUAUGAAUUUUAAAUAUCACCUAAUAUUUACCGCAUGUGUUUUAUUUUUAACUCUAAUUUCUUGAAUCUUAUUUCAGUAUUUUUCUUAAAUUUUUGUGAUAGUCUUUUCCCAGUUUUAAAGCUGAAUGUAAAAUACCUGUCUUGGCAGCUUGUAAAAUAUGUCCAAUCAUUUUCUUUUAUCAAUUAUUCUUGUAACCAGAGUGUACAUAAAGUUUUAUAGCCACUAGACAUCUUUGUAUUUACUCAAAAUUAUUUCUAAAGUUGUCGGACGUCGUAACAUCGGAAAAAAACUAGCUAGGCCGUCGCAUCGCGAGCCGAUGCGAUGUGUACAUUAAAGAAAUUGUGACUGUAUUAUAAUGGUAUAUAGGAAGAUGUAAAGAAUAUGGUAUGUACUUAAUAUGAAUACACUAUUAUUAUUGUUUGUGUGAUAAAGCACUAGAUUAAAUGAGUGUCGAAAGAUACCUUGCUGUAAAAAAUAGUCAUUGAAUUGGAAUAUUUCUCCUCACCUGCCUUGUUGAAUUGACAAGCAAUUAAUAACGUCGACGUGCCUGUUUUUCAACUCAGUGCAGAGAAUAUUUUAUUUAUUUGAAUCAAUGUGUUGUUUAAUGUAAACUAGUUUGUAGCAAAACGUUAUUCCCAUGCAUUUGGUUAAGUAUAGUUAUUUGUGUAUGAGAUUUGUUAAUUGCUUCAAAUGCUAGUAUUUGUAGUUUAGAACUAUUCAUUUAUAAGUCAUUGAAAAUUUGAUAUAUUGCAAAAAGUGUAAAUAAAUAAGGCAUACAUCUCUCAUGAAAUAGGUAUACAAUGUGGUUAACCCUAACCCUUCAUCCCGAUUUUAAUGAUUUGGGACAUUUUAACACUUAGUGCUUAGUUCUUAUUUUAUUUUAUCUUAUUUAUGUUGUAGGUUACUAACCCGCACUGUUUAUGAAAUAUUAGAAACGUAUAAAUUAGACCCACUGAAGGAGUAGUUGACGCACGCCCCUAGUUUUAUACAAACUUUACGACCACAUUUGUGUAAUCAUGGAUAUAUAUUUUGUUUUCCAUUAUGUAAAGAGAGCUUGGCAAGAUAUAUCGUAAUUUGGUGCUUGUUUUAUUAUAAAAUAUCUGAUUGAAUAGAAGGCCCUCCACAUGUUAUGUGAGAUGUUAUGAUUUU